CUCUGUUAUCUUCCGCUGCCCGCCAGCCGAGCCGCGGAUCUCCUCCUCCGCACCUCCACCAGGAGUCACCCGUCUCUCCAGCCGAGCUCCACGCAGCAAGCAGGAGCGCUUUGUCUCAUGGUGUCCCCGGCGGAGGACUCCCGGGCAUCCACGCGCGUUUGCGGAAUCGAUCUGCGGCCAACUGUUGCGGGGGUCUCGAACAAGUCAUGGAAACGUGCUUUCUGAAUCUGCUGCUGCUGGGUCUGGGUCUGCCGGGGCCCCUCUGGGCAGGGACCCCCGGCUACAACCGCACCAACCCGGCGCCGGACGGGUUUUACUAUCGUUCAGCGGGCACGGAUGGACCCAGCAGCUCGGACGUCGGCGAAAGUUCAACUUCAUACUCCAGCGAGAGUUUGUCCCCAUCACAGAGGGACCUCCUGCUCACGCACACGGCUGAGACGCACGGCGCCACCACCGGGGCCCCCGAACCGGAGCAGAGAGACAUUUUCACAGAAACAAGCAGCCGGUUUCCAGAGGCCACAAAUAUGUCCACAGAGCCGCUUACCUCCUCCUUAAUAACCACCACAGAUGUCAGUAGUAGCAGCAACGACAACAUCAGCAGCAGCGACUACAUGAGCAGCAGCAGCAUCAGGGACAACAUGAGCAGCAGCAGCAGGAGAAGAAGCGACUACAUGAGCAGCAGCAUCAGGGACAACAUGAGCAGCAGCAUCAGCAGCAUCAGCAGCGACAGCAGCAGCAGCAGCAGCGACGGCAGCAGUAGCUUUACAAACACAAACCAGAUGCCACUCCUGUCCUCCGCGUCCACGGAGGACAAGCCCUUGCUGUUUCCAGAGAACCAAACCCUGCCCCAGGACAGCCCAGGCACCACGCUCCGUUUCGGGGACGGCACGUCUUCGGCGUCGCGGAGCGGCACGCUCGCCGGGAGCACCUACACAACGAUCGUCAGCCGCGCCGGGGAGAGGACCCUGCUCUCCGUGACCUCCUCCAACAACAGCACCUCAUCGGCCUUCACCGAGGACUCCAGCUCCCCUCAGCCUCCGUCCACCUGGGGCAUCCCUCCCAGGCCCGCCGAGACCGAGGCUUAUACUCAAAGCGCCCCAGCGACGAGGACUAAUGGGGGGAAAACCACAGAGCAGCAGGCGACCGGGGCUUUUUCAGAGACUGGAGGGCCAGCAGGGGCCAGCGGAACCCCGGGAUUAACCGGACGACCCAAUGCCACCAAGCCUCAGCUUUCUGUGACGUCUGAGGAGAUCACAGAGUCCACACCAUCUCUCCGGGUGACAGAGCCCGGCACGGGUCAGUCAGAAACACCCGUGUCCUCCACUCCUCCUCUCACUCCUCCUGCGGGGGGUCCCGUAAACGCCUCUGGGACAGAGCAGGAUUCUGGCAGCAGUGUCGGAUCCUCCACAGAGAUGACGACCGGAACCCAAAGCCUCAGCACUCAGAACCAGGAGGGCACCAAGGGGCUCCCGUCCCAAACCAGCGAGGAGAGCGCGAGUUUAGGGCUGACCACAGUGUCCUCCACAGUCAGCAGUUCAUCCCAAAUGAAUCGGUCCCCGACACACAUGCCAGGGACGGUUACCGGAGUCUUCCUCACCACGACGGCAGGCACCGUCACAGAGAGGUCACAGACCACAGAGGAAAACACCUUUGCAUCAACUGCUUCUCCAGCCUCCACCACGACCCCCGCUGGACUCCCCCUAACAGCGUCGCCGGCGACAACGGCGAGCGGCGCCUCCAGUAGCUAUACGUCGGCGUCCACCACGGCGGCCCCCCUCACAUCCGCUUCACCCUCCUCCACGGUCCACACCCCGCCUCCGCAGACCGCCGCUGCGCUCCCCACGGUCCACGCGUCGCCCAGCCGAACGCAGGGGCCUCCGACUAAAACGCUCGUCCCCACAGAAGCAGCGACCGUGCAGACAGAGACGAGCGCGGGGACCCAAAGGCUCGCCACCACACCGGCUCAGCACAUCAAAACCACCUACAGUCACAGCACUCCGGCCAGGAGCACCGAGGCUGUGCCCCCCACCAGAAGACAGACAGAGAGAGGAGCCACGGAGAUGGUCACCACAACGCCGCCCAUCGAGAUCCAAACCGCCAGAGCGCCAAAGAGAAACCCCUGCGUGUCGAACCCCUGCGUGAACGGAGGGAUGUGCGUGAGCUACAAGGGACCCGAGUACACCUGUCAGUGUCAGAAGGCCUGGACAGGACCGACCUGCGACCAGGAUCUGGAUGAGUGUGAGCAGGACCCCUGCCCGACGGGCUCCACGUGCGUCAACACCAAGGGCUCCUUCAGCUGCGAGUGUCCGCUCGGCUACGACCUGGAGGACGGACGCACGUGCACAAGAGCAAAGACAUUCCUGGGGACUUUCACUCUUAACAGACACGAUCGUAUAAAAAGCUCGGCCAUGCACGAGAUUCAGAGGGAGAUCGUAAAGCUGCUCAAUGUGUCGUUGUCGGUCCUCCAAGGUUACAGCCGCUCAACCCUGAGUAGGAAGGAGCAGGGCGGCGUUCGCAUCCUGGCUGUCAACAUGUUUUCCGUCUCCACCGAUGUGACGACUGCUGAAGUGUACAACAGCAUCCAGAUGUCUCUAAGCAACUGCAGCUCCUCGCUGACCCACUGCAGGAUGGUGUUGCAGCAUCAGCUCUCCUACCACAUGGAGAGCCUAUGUGAAGCCCAGAAAACGCCGUGCGAUGCCGAGCGCUCAUCCUGCACUGACACCAGCGGCACGGCCUACUGCCAGUGUCUCCAGGGAUAUUACAAGCACAACCCAGAGGACUUGUCCUGCCUGGAAUGCAGGGAUGGAUACAAGCUGGAAAAUGGCACGUGUGUCCCGUGCACGUUUGGAUUUGGAGGAUUCAAUUGUUCCAAUUUUUACAAGCUGAUCGCAGUGGUGGUGUCACCUGCAGGAGGCGCUCUCCUCCUCAUCCUCGUCAUCGCUCUCGUUGUCACUUGCCGCAAGAAAAACAAAAAUGACAUCAACAAGAUCAUCUUCAAGAGUGGAGACAUGCAGAUGUCGCCGUACGCCGACUUCCUCAAGAGCAACCGCAUAUCCAUGGAGUGCGGCAGGGAGACCAUAGAGAUGCAGGAGAACGGCAGCACCAAAAACCUGCUGCAGAUGACUGACAUUUACUAUUCUGCUGCUUUGCGUAACUCGGACCUGGACAGAAAUGGCCUGUAUCCGUUCACCGGUCUGCCCGGAUCGCGCCACUCGUGCAUCUACCCCGCGCAGCUGAACCCCUCUUUCAUAAGCGACGAUUCCCGGAGGAGAGACUACUUUUGAGCGCC